CGUGAUUGGAUGCCGCAGCAGCCGUACAUUGGUUUGUCGCGAAGCUUAUCUGAAAUGUUUGGUCCUCUCGGUUUCCGCGAAAAUUAAAAACAGAUCAUUUCCCUUUUUUUUGUUUGUUUCACAGUUCCGAUUUGCUUGACUAUAUGAAUGGAAAGAGGAUACUCCUUGAUGGUUCUGUGCUGUCUGUCCAAGAUUCAUGUUUUUUCUAUCCAUCGUGCCAGAAUUGCAUGUCCAGGCUGACAAGAAAUCAUAACAGGUGCGCUUGUAUUAAGUGUGGGUACACCUGUGAAGCAGACAACGUUCAUUAUAGGUACAGGCUGUCCUUGCAAGCUGCACAGAAAAGUGAAGUAUUCAGUGUCACUGUUUUUGGUGGCUGUCUGGAUCCAUUGUUUGGUGUAACUGCUGGGUUUCUACAAAGAUAUACUGAAGGGUUAAAAAAGGAUGCAAGGGAUCCACAGAAUGAUAGAGUUCACAGUCUGCUCACCCAGGCAGUGGAAGAUUGCUUUAUUGGAAGAAGCUUUAUAUUUGGUGUAAAGUUUUCCAGAAAGCAAGCCAGGGUACGCACCUCAUGUACUAAAAGAAUAUUACAGACUUCACUCAACACUUAUGGAUCCCCAAAACAGCUUGUUGCCUGUCAGAUCUCUGUGCCAAACACGACUGUCCUUGGCUGUACAGUGAUCAGUUACUUUAAGGCGCUCCUGCAGUCAGUUAAUCUCGGGAAUGUUCUCAGUGUUUCACAACCACUUGGGAGCUCUCCAGCUGCAGUAGAUCUGCAUAGCCCUGAAGUGUGUAGUAGCUUGGAAAGUUCACUGGCAGACAGUGGACAGUCAGUCACACAGCCAAGUAAGGGAGAUAGUUUUCAAGGGCCUUGGCAGCAGUCACUUGGACUAAUCACCUCAUCAGCUGAAGGAUAUUCAGGCUCAGAACUGAGCAGCAAUACAAAAGAUAUUUCAAAAUGGGACAGGAGAUCUGAGUCCAUAAAAUCCCCCAAAAAUCAUUGCAUCUCAGAAUGUACCCAUGUGCAAUGCCUUCCAGACUCUGGUUAUUCAUUGGUGGAAGAUGGGAAUGAGAAAAAUCUAAAUGACAAAAAAGCUUCUCAUCUAUAUUCAGGCUAUUCUGCCUGUUCAGAUGCAAGUAAUGGCAACAGCAGACACACGAGAAAUGCAUUUGCCAAUGAAUUCUCAUGUAGCUCCUCCUCGAUGACAGAUCCAUGUUGUUUUUCAUGUCAGGAAUUUCCAGACCAGUAUCAUAAGGAAAGCAGAGACGAAAUGCAAAAUGAACUUCCAGAUGAGAGAUACAAUGAUAGUGCAGGUCACGGUUUGAAUGAUACCUGGAGUUCUGUGUUUUCUGGAGGGGAUGCUGAUGUUUUUUGGUCCCAAGAUGAGCAGUUUGCUGCUAAAAGGAAAAGUGCAGCUUACAAUUCUGUAGAAUGGGAACACCUGCCAUUUUCUGAAAGUUUGGGUGAAUUCAAAAGCAAACUGGAGGAAAAUGGCCAAAUACGCACUAAUCAGUCAGCCUCUUAUUUAAAUGAGGAUAUAAACCAUGAGCUAACUACAGCUACAGACUCCCAACAUGAGAAAGCGCACAGAAAAAGGAUGUUAGUUCCACGUACAACGGAAGCAGGUUUGACAAACGUUCAUAAGGGUUUUGCCUCAGAUUCCUCCCUAAAUCCCCUUGACAGCCAGCAAGGCUGUUUAGUUGCAAAUAUCUAUACAAAAGAUAGGGACGUGUUAAAAAGUCACUCUUUUGGAAAUGUGGAGUCUUUUCAAUUGAAAGAAGAACCAGCAGGUAAUGUCGAGUUGCAAGUCUCCUCCUCUACUUCAGGAGACAAAGAGAAUCACACGACUGGUGUUCAGUUUUUCAGAACAGGCACCAGAAUGUUCAGCUCUUUCCUUGCGCAGGAGUUUUCUGCAAAAGAUGCUAAUGCUGGUGCUUGUUUAAAGUCUUAUGAUUGCAAAAAACUGUAUUGCAGCAAAGAUGUUAUCACUAAACAUCAGCAUGACAUAUAUGUCACUGGUGUCUGUAAUCAGGACUUUGUAAAGAAAGAACAGCCAAUGCAAAACAAUUAUAGAAGCUUUCAAGAUACAUACAAUGGUUCUGCUGAUCUGUUUAAUAGCAGUGACAACACAAUCAACACAGAAGAACUGGUAAACAAAUCAUCUAUUGUCCUGAUGACACAUUCAUCUCCCUGUGGAAGAGAACCUGUUCAAUCUGUAGAACACGGUACCCAGCAGCAACCUCAUUAUUCUCUUCAAAUUCUGAAUGAAGUCCUUCAAAGUGGAUCACACUGUGACUCUGAUAAUGACUUUUUAGAUAACUUAAACUUUGUGCCAUGUUCACAGUCAACUCCUGUUUCAAAAUGCCUGGCUACUCUGCAGCCCUAUCAAAGUAAAGGAAAAGCAAUCCCAAAGACAACAAUAUCACUUCAACGUAGUUGUAACAGGCGCACGAGUAAAAGAAGCUUGCUCACCCAUCACCUCCUGAAGCAACAGCACUGCCGUCAUCUUCGGAGUUCAUUUAAAAUAAAGGGUAAAAGGAGAAAAGACUCCUCUAAUUCUGUUCACUUUACUCUCAGCCCAAGAACUGCUUUGCCUGAAAGUGAUUCUGAAGAGUGGAUUCCCUCAUCCGUUAAAAAAAGUGCACAGCCAUGUGCAGCACAGGGAUGCACAUCGAGUUUUAUGAGUUGUAGAGUUGGGGAAAGUAAUCAUUGCAAAAUAAUUUUACAUGGCUUAGCAAAUGCUGAUGAAAUUCCUUUGAAGCCUAAUAAAAAUGUUCAAGGAUCAUAUCACAAAGGAAAAUAUGAAAUGUCAGUAACAGUUAGCAAAUGUAAACAGACAAGUGUUGCAUCAACUCCAAUCAAAAAUAAUGAAAAUGAAGCAUGCAGUAACUCACAAGUUUCCAGGGAACACAACAAAAUGACUGGGUACUGGUCUGAUGACCUCUUUGUCCAGAGCGACAGUUCUGUCCCUUGAAUUUUCAGGGAAAGUGUACAAUAAUAAGAAUUGGGUUUACAAUAAGAUUGAAUAAGUUUACUGCAAGUGGAAUUGGGUUUCCAUAAGGAUGACGUCACAGUAUUUUUGUUUAAUUGAACUAAUUAAAUUGUGGUCACCUCAGAUAAUUGUGUGUGAAACUAUGCUGAUCUCAAAGUUGCUGUUUCUUGCAAACUGUAAAGGUAUCUCUGUCAUUUGUGUGGUGCCCUGUGCUUUCUUUCUCUUUAAUUCAUCAUUCGACGGUAGAUAACGAUUCAGCUGUGCUGCAAAAGCAGACUCACUAACGCUGCCCACUGCAACAGCAUCACUCGCAAAGAUAAACGGAACCACUAUCCUGGCACAGCCAUGUUGUGUUGCAGUUUGGGAGAUAGGGUCCUGCCUACUUAACUUAAGCAGCUUACAACAUGUGUGGUCCAGUGGUUAAAGAAAAGGGCUUGUAACCAGGAGGUCCCCGGUUCAAAUCCCACCACAGCCAGUGACUCAUUGUGUGACCCUGAGCAAGUCACUUAAACUCCUUGUGCUCCGUCUUUAGGGUGAGACUUAAGUGACUCUGCAGCUGAUGCAUAGUUCAUACACCCUAGUCUCUGUAAGUCGCCUUGGAUAAAGGCGUCGGCUAAAUAAACAUUAAUAAUAAUGCCAUACACCUAUAUGUCACAUCAUCAGUAAUGAUUUACCUCUAAACCUAUGAAUUACAAAAAAAAAAAAAAAAAGAAA